GGGUCGCCUGGACUGAGUUCUUCCUGCGUCUCUCCUGUUUAAUCUGUUCAUUUCACCAAAACAAAAAGAUGGAUUCUGACUCCGACUCACCUUUUAACUACUCGUGGCCUUCCUUUCCCAAAAUGAAGAUUCGGCGAAGGGCGUCCAAACAAGAUCGCUCCUUUGCUGUCCUCAAAAAGUCCAAGCAGCCCUCCACGCUGUUUGCUGCAGGCCAGCUUUCUGACAUGCUGAACGGAGGUGAUGAAGUCUAUGCUAACUGUAUGGUGAUUGAUCAGAUUGGCGAUUUGAAUGUCAACUAUAUUAAUACAGAGGGAAUCAAUGCCAACACCAGCCCUGGAUCCAUGGAUUCCACUUUGGGGCCUCAGAGCUGCAAACACAUCCUUCCUACUGACACCAGCCCCGGGUUGCACCCGUUAAGUGAGAACAAUGAAGGGACGGCAAAUACUGAGGCCCGAUGGUCCUUCAUGUCGCCGUCUACUUCAUGUGCUUCCAACUUGAAUCUUUCUUUGGGUCUGCAUGGAUUCGAAAAGGAGAAAAGUCACCUAAAGAAAAGAAGUUCUAGCCUUGAUGCCUUGGAUGCUGACAGUGAGGGGGAAGGGCACUUGGAGCAGUCACACGCUUGUUACACCCCCGUGUCUCAGAGUUCCUCCAGAACUGGGAUUCCCAGCAGAGACGAGUGGGACUCUUUUGAGGCCAGCACUGAGCCGGACUUUAACGUCUCCAGGGCUGAGUCACUCUCUCUCGCAAGUCACCUGCAGUUGAAGGAAUCAUUGCUUUCUGGAGUCCGCUCACGUUCUUAUUCCUGCUCAUCACCUAAAAUUUCUUUAGGAAAAACUCGGUUGGUGCGUGACUUGACAGUAUGCAAUUCAAGUGAAGAGCAAAGAGCUUCCAGCUUACCAGAACCACCAAGAGAACAAAGAAUUCAGGAAGAAGAAUGGGAUAAAUACAUCAUACCUGCCAAAUCAGAGUCUGAAAAAUAUAAAGUGAGCCGAACCUUCAGCUUCCUCAUGAACAGGAUGACAAGCCCUCGGAAUAAAUCCAAGACAAAGAGCAAAGAUGCCAAAGACAAAGAGAAGCUGAAUCGACAUCAGUUUGUCCCAGGAACAUUCUCUGGAGUUCUACAGUGUUCGGUUUGUGAUAAAACGCUCCUGGGGAAAGAGACAUUCCAAUGUUCUAACUGUAAUGCAAGUGUCCACAAGGGUUGUAAAGAUGCCAUGCCUCAGUGCACCAAGAAACUCCAAGAGAAAUAUAACAAGAACAAACCACAGACCAUCCUUGGAAAUUCUUCAUUUAGGGACAUCCCACAGCCUGGCAUCUCCUUGCACCCCUCUUCCUCCGUGCCUAUUGGAUUGCCAACGGGAAGGAAAGAAACUACAGGGCUGGUCCAUCCAUUGUCCAGAAGUGUUCCAGGCACCACCCUGGAAAGCUUCAGGAGGUCAGUGACAUCCUUGGAGUCUGAGAGUGACAGUAACAGCUGCAGAAGCAGGUCUCAUUCCGAUGAGCUGCUACAGUCCAUGGGUUCUUCUCCCUCCACGGAGUCUUUCAUGAUGGAAGAUGUUGUGGAUUCUUCUCUGUGGAGUGACCUCAGCAGUGACGCCCAGGAGUUUGAAGCAGAAUCUUGGAGUCUAGUGGUGGAGCCCUCGUUUUGCAGUAGGCAGGAGAAGGAUGUCAUCAAAAGACAAGAUGUCAUUUUUGAGCUCAUGCAGACAGAGAUGCAUCACAUCCAGACACUUUUCAUCAUGUCUGAGAUCUUCAGGAAAGGCAUGAAGGAGGAGCUGCAGCUGGACCACAGCACCGUGGAGAAGAUCUUCCCCUGUUUAGACGAGCUGCUGGAAAUCCACAGGCAUUUCUUCCACAGCAUGAAGGAGCGAAGGCAGGACUCCUGUGCUGGCAACGACAGGAACUUUGUGAUCGACCGAAUUGGAGACAUUCUGGUACAACAGUUUUCAGAAGAAAAUGCAAGUAAAAUGAAGAAAAUAUAUGGAGAAUUCUGUAGCCAUCACAAAGAAGCUGUUAACCUCUUUAAAGAACUCCAACAGAAUAAAAAGUUUCAGAAUUUUAUUAAGCUCCGAAAUAGUAAUCUUCUUGCUCGACGUCGAGGAAUUCCAGAAUGCAUUCUGUUGGUCACUCAGCGCAUCACAAAAUACCCUGUUUUGGUGGAAAGGAUUUUGCAGUACACAAAGGAAAGUACUGAAGAGCACAAAGACUUAUGCAAAGCUCUUUGCUUGAUUAAAGACAUGAUUGCAACAGUGGAUUUGAAAGUCAACGAGUAUGAAAAAAACCAAAAAUGGCUUGAGAUCCUGAAUAAGAUUGAAAACAAAACGUAUACGAAACUCAAAAAUGGUCAUGUGUUUAGGAAGCAGGCACUGAUAAGUCAAGAGAGGACUCUCGUGUAUGAUGGCCUUGUUUACUGGAAAACGGCUACAGGGCGUUUCAAAGAUAUCCUAGCUCUACUUCUAACUGAUGUGCUGCUCUUUUUACAAGAAAAAGACCAGAAAUACAUCUUUGCAGCCGUUGACCAGAAGCCGUCCGUUAUUUCCCUUCAGAAGCUUAUUGCUAGAGAAGUUGCUAACGAGGAGAGGGGAAUGUUUCUGAUCAGCGCUUCGUCUGCUGGUCCGGAGAUGUAUGAAAUUCACACCAGUUCCAAGGAGGAACGAAACAACUGGAUGAGACAGAUCCAGCUGGCAGUAGAAAGUUGCCCAGAAGAAGAAGGGGGACGGACGAGUGAAUCCGAUGAAGAGAGGAGGAAGGCUGAAGCCAGAGUGGCCAAAAUUCAGCAAUGUCAAGAAAUACUCAGUAGCCAAGACCAACAGAUUUGCACGUAUCUGGAAGAGAAGCUGCAUAUCUAUGCUGAGCUUGGAGAGCUAAGUGGAUUUGAAGAUGUCCACCUAGAGCCCCACCUCCUCAUUAAACCAGAUCCAGGGGAGCCUCCCCAGGCAGCCUCGUUACUGGCAGCAGCCCUGAAAGAAGCCGAGAGCCUACAAGUUGCAGUGAAGGCCUCACAGAUGGGAGAUGUAAGUCAGUCACCCGAGGACGGCUGUGGAGAAUCUGUCCUGACAGACGCACUCAGUUCCCAUGACGCACCGGGACUGCCGACUGCUUCCCUAGUCACAGAAGGGAGAGAAGGAAGAAGCUGUUGGGAUGUGGAUCCCGGAACCCAGGGUGUGGUCACCGACUUGGCGGUGUCUGAUGCAGGGGAGAAGGUGGAAUAUAGAAGUUUUCCAGGUUCUUCACAUUCAGAGAUUAUACAAGCUAUACAGAAUUUAACUCGUCUUUUAUAUAGCCUUCAGGUAAUGGAACUCAAUCGAUCUGAGAGUUUAUGUCAUGAAAAUUCAUUCUUCAUCAAUGAAACUCUAGUACAAAUGUCACUUAACACUGUCAACAAACCAAACCCAUCAGGAAUCCAUCAGGAUGCCACUUGCCCCCAAAAUAUAUCUGAUUCUGAUGACGUAAGGACUAGUGAAAGUCAAGUGGACAUCAAGACUGAUGUUUCUCAAGCCUCGGAUGUCAACCAUGAACUGUGGACGGCCGCUGGGUGCUGUCAUCAGAUACCUCGUCUCCACGAGAGCAGCAAGGAUCCUUGUAAAAACGAUUUGGACAGCUCUCAGACUGAGUCCCCAACCCUCCAGGACUCGAAUUCACACCACCCUCAGCUGCAGACAUUCAUAACAGAAGCGAAGCUAAAUCUGCGUACGGUGACAAUGACCAGACGAGAUGGGGAAACUGGAGAUGGAACCGAUGAAAAUAUUGUUUACCUCUAAUUGUGUUGUCAUUUUCCCAAACAAAACAAAACACUGGCACUUUCGGGAGAAAACUGUUUUUUUUUUUCCCAUUUCUUACCCAUAUGUGUGUGAUUGUGUCCCAAUUGAUUUAAGAAUAAUAUUUAAUAUUUCAUGCAAGUUCAUUUUGGGGGACAUGCGUCUAAUAAUUAAAUUAUUGAAAGCAUCUCUGUUGGUAUAAUCUUUAACUUGUCACACGCCUGAUCUCAGAUUUCUGGAGGAGAAACUGACUUGAAUAAGCAGAAGUAUUUUAAAAGUUGUCUUGACUCUAGAAUAAAAUUCCAAUAUUGCGUUUUCUACCAGAUCAUUGGGCUUUCAAUGCCUUUUGAGAUCUCCAUGAAAAAGUUUGGAGUCAAAGAGUGAUUAUUCGCAAGAGGUGAGCUUUCAGAGUCAUGGCUGCCUGUUGCUUAUCAAGAGUGGCCUCAGUGCUCCCAGAAGGCAGAGGAAGACUUGGGAAAGGCCUUCUCUCAGCUGGUGUUGAUGUGCUAAUUUCUUUUAGGGCAUCAAAGGUGCUGAUCUGUCACAGUCACCAUUCAACCAACGUGUCCUGCUGGGCACCUGUUGGGACUGGACGGCCACUGUGCCAGGGACAUAGUCUGGACACACCUGGGACCUGAGCCUGCCGCUGCUGGGUUUUAAGCACAGUCCUGCGUCACCCUUCAACACAGCCCAGAGCCCCACCCCCUAGCAAGUCAGUUCUGAUGUAAAUAUUGAAAGCCCUUGGAGCCCUCCCUCUCUCAGAUGGCCUGUCCUCUGGAGCCCCACCGCCACCAACUCCUUGGAAGAAACUCUUUCCCUGCAGCGUUUUAAGGACAAAACUGCACUCUUGGCGACGUUUGCCCCUUGGAUGUGCUUUUCCCAAAGGAGAACCGACACAUCUGCCUUCAGAGUGGGAUGGGGCCCUGUGUGAGAAACCAGGAAAUAUUUUCAUCUUGUUCAGAAACCCUUGUAUAUGUUUUGGUGUCAAUAAAUAUCUUUGACCUCAUUA